UGUUGCAAGCUUCAGUAACACGACCACUCUGGCACUAGGCAAUGACUGGAACUCAACUUGGAUUAGUUUUCUUUCAAAAAAAAAAAUCGGAGUUUAGUAAUUCUAAAAGACUAAGAAUUGCCAAUGAUCCACUCCUUAAAAAAACUUGCGCCAAAAGACAAAUCCAGCUCAAGUGUUAGGUGUGCAGGGUCGAAAUAAGUCACUUGGUGGACUCGCCUAUUAUAUAUUCAUUCCCAGUGACAAAUGAAAAACAAAGGCUCCUCCUCUACCUCCUCUGGCCUCCUUCCUUCUGCCUUCAAUGGCUUCCUCUCUCUUCACUUCCCCCAAAAUUUUCUCCCUUUCCCUCUCUCUCCUCCAAAUCAUCCCCCUUUCCUCCACCUUCUUCUCUGUACUUCUGAUCCCCUCCCUCCACCUCCCUCCUCAAGACCUCUAUCAUCUCCUGCUUCCUCAAUUCCUACCCUUCGCUCGGCCCCCGCCCCGACUACAUCCCUACUCACAUUCCAGAUCCCAACUAAACCAAAACAUAACCAGUCUCAUCCAUGGUAUUACCCACCCUCCAGGGCCGUGAGCAAUCCCUUUGGAGCCACUCUCAUCUCCAAGGAGAAGUUAGACCUAGCUCGUCAGCUUGCCAAGCUCGGCGUUAACAUUAUAGAGGCUGGCUUUUCCUUGCUGUCUUCAAAGAUGACUUCGAGGCGGUGAAGACUAUUACCAAGGAGGUGCGUAACACCGUGGAUGAGACUGGUUAUGUCCGGUUAUAUGUGGGUUGGCUAGGUGUAAGGAGAAUGAUAUCAGAUCUGCAUGGGAAACCGUCAAGGCUUGAGCAACAACUCUAAACAUUCCUGAUGCUGUUGGUAUAACUUUGCCUAACGAGUUUUGACAGUUAUUGCUGCCAUAAAAGCCAACACUCCUGGAAUUGUGGAUGUUAUUAUUUCAACAGACUGCCAAAAUGAUCUUGGACAUGCCAGUGACAACACACUAGCGGCGGUAGGCAAGUGGAAGUAACAAUCAAUGGCAUUGGUGAAAGGGCUGGAAAUGUUUCACUAGAGGAGGUAAGUAUUUGGCUUUUGCAUGAUCAGAGAAUGAAUUUGUGUCAUGCAAAAUUAAUAAGAUGGAACAGAUGGGACUCAAUCUUCCUUGAUUACAAGGGUCUUAUUGCCUGAAUGUUUACUCCACCAUUAUCCGUCAGUUGUUUGUCAUAUGUAGACAAUCAGGACUUCAUUUCCCCAGGCUCCUUUGUGGAGUUAUUGGACGCGGUUUUUCUAGGAGUUGGUCACAUUUUUACUUCCCAUUCAUCGUGUAUCAGGG